AUGAAAAGGUGUACGCCAACCAAACAAGGACUAGGCAAAUUUUUUUCAUAUAUUCGACUCCUCUUCUCGCUAGAUUACACCAAAACCGAUGUCUUCCUCAUAAUCGCCGGUGUCUCUUUCUCCGUCGCCGCAGGAAUUCCCUUCCCACUCCUAGGCAUUGUCUUUGGAGAACUAAUAAACGACCUAAACACCGCCACCUGCUCACCAUCCGAUACCACAAACGCCAGCGUAACAAAUGGAGUACAGACAAAAGUUCUCUACGUGAUAUAUAUCACCAUUGCCAAUUUUUGCUUUAUCUAUAUCCACUGCAGCUGCUGGAGUUUGAUCAGUGAACGAAUCGCCCGCCGGUACCGCCGCCGCUAUUUUGAAAGUGUUAUUAGACAGGAAACCGGAUAUAUCGAGAGUUUACCAGCUGGUGAUGUCGUCUCGAGAUUGGUCGGCGACAUCGAAGUCGUACAGUCUGGUACUUCGGAGAAGGUCGGAUUGGUAAUUUCGACCGUUUCAUACUUCAUUACCUCAUAUAUUGUUGCUUUUAUCAAGGUUCCUCAGAUUGCGGGAAUGUUGGUCUCUGUUGUACCUUGCUACUUCUUCAUGACGUUUGUUGGAGGCUACUAUAUCAAAAAGUAUGCCGGACGCAUUACUGAGCAUUCUAAUGCUGCCACAUCGAUCGCAUCGUCCAGUUUGUCCCAUUUGAUGCUAGUGCAUGCUUUUAAUGCUCAUGCUCGUCUGGAGAAACUAUUCGCGGACCACAUUUCUGCAUCCCGGAUGGAUGCCCUCAAGAAGGCGGCAACACAUGCCGGUCAAUUGGGAUUCCUCUAUUUCGUUGCUUACAGUGCGAAUGCACUGGCCUUUUGGGAGGGUGCUCAAUUGAUUGCCGAUUCUGUCGAAGCCGGCGGCACUGGAGUAUCGGUUGGAGCGGUUUAUACCGUCAUUUUUGUUCUGAUUGAUGCGUCUUUCAUCUUGAGUCAAGUCGCCCCAUUCGUUCAUGUCUUUGCCUCUGCGGCCGGAGCAGCUGAUAGGCUUUUGACGGUCAUCCACCGCAAAUCUAACAUUGAUGGCACUUCCAAUUCGGGCAAUACGUCCGCUCCUUUCGACUCGGAUGAUAUCACUUUCAGAAAUGUGCACUUCACAUACCCAUCUCGACCAGAUGUGCCAGUACUUAUGGGAGUAGACUUUGCUAUCCCCUCUCGUAAACACACUGCAAUUGUGGGACCUUCUGGAGGAGGCAAAUCGACCAUUGUCGCCCUCCUGGAACGCUUUUACGACCCCAUGUCCGGUGAGAUAUGUAUCGGCAACCAGGAUUUCCGUGACUUGAAUGUGAAGUACCUACGUGGAAACAUUGGGUUCGUUCAACAGGAGCCAUCACUACUGGAUCGCUCAAUUUUGGAGAAUAUUGCAUAUGGAUUAGUGACCUCAGCCGCCGAACAACACCAGCCACUAGCUCCUUUCAUAUUCGAUUCCACACUUCCUGAUUUGGUUGCCCAGCUGCGGACCGAUCUCUCUGAAAGGAAAGCCCUCGAAGGCCAAGACCCUAGAGUGAUCGAAAUCGUGAACCUGGUCAGACAGGCUGCUGCUAGUUCUAACGCUUUGAACUUCAUCGAUGCCCUCCCGCAAGGAUUUGCCACGACGGUAGGAUCAUCUGGAAACAUGCUGAGUGGAGGGCAAAAGCAGCGUAUUGCACUGGCGCGGGCCUUGGUCCGCGAGCCCUCGUUGUUGAUUCUUGAUGAAGCAACUGCAGCACUUGAUUCCACUAGUGAGCAGCUGAUCCAAGAGGCUUUGACCAAGGUUUCCGAGCGGGUUACUACAGUUUCGAUUGCACACCGUCUAGCCACUGCAAAAGAUGCACACAAUAUUGUUGUCAUUAAGCAGGGCCGCGUGGCUGAACAGGGCACCCAUUCUGAGCUGGUCUCGAGGGGUGGCUCCUAUGCAGAGAUGGUUCGCCUGCAGAAUCUUGGCAGAUUGAAGACAGAACGCCUGAAGCAGGAUCCUAUUCGACAAACUCAUGAAGAGGCCGCCAUUGCGGAGUUGCCGGUUGAUAACAAAGAGGCUUUGCUCGAUGUGAUGGUUGGUGAAGGCACAGACGAGACGUUACCAGCGUACCAAGUCAAGAAAGAAACGGAACGGGAAAAAAAGAAGCGAGAAAAGAAGGAACUGAAGGCGAAGAACAAGGCCAAGCGUUCGGGAUGGUUCACGACAAAGUUCACCUUUUCGCUGUUGCGUCCAAACAUGCACUUUAUUCUGAUUGGAUUUGCCAUGUCAGUGAUCAUCGGAGGCAGCUACUCUGCAGAGGCUGUCAUCUUCGGUCAUACCGUUGGCGCACUAAGUCCGUGCGAUGGAGCAGACGGUAUUCGACAAAGUGGCAAUCUAUAUGGAUUGCUGUUCUUCAUCAUGGCUUUGAUAGAACUCUUGGCCAACGUCGUCAGCGGCUGUGCAUACGGCUGGGCUGCGGAUAAGAUUUUAUACCGAAUUCGAGUCUUGUCUUUGCGCUCCCUUCUAAAUCAGACUGUUAAAUGGCAUGGAGAUGACGAUCGCUCGCCGGGCACACUUCUCACCUAUAUCACUGGCGAUGCUACCGCGCUGAGCAGUAUCACUGGAACAACGAUUGGCCUGCUACUAGCCACUGCUGUGAACCUAAUUGCUGGGUUAGUGAUCUCGUUUGCUAUUGCAUGGAAGAUUGCAAUCGUUUUGCUGCCCACUAUCCCGGUUCUUCUGAUUGCGGGCAUGAUGAAAUUGCGGACCCAGGCCCAGUUUGCAGAACGACAUCAAAAGGCAUUUGCGAAAGCAACCGCCAUUACUGUUGAAGCUGUGAAGAACAUUCGUGCCGUGUCUGCGUUUUCACUCGAGAGACAGUCCUAUGCCGUUUAUGAAAGGGCGUUGAAGGCGCCGUACCGUGAGACUUUGAAAUCCAUUGCAUUCGGCAACGUCUUUCUUGCUAUGGCCUUCAGUAUUAGCAAUCUUGUGUACGCUCUAGCUUAUUGGUGGGGUACUCAACAAAUCGUGGCUGGGCUAUACUCACAGACGCAAUUCUUCAUUGUGCUGCCAGCCCUUUUGUUUAGCACCCAGUCCUGCGGACAGAUGUUUGCCCUCGCGCCUGAUAUUUCUAAAGCAGGUCUUGCAGCAUCGAACAUCGCAGAGCUGCUGACGACGCGCUCGGGCGACGAAGAACUCAACAUCGACGUCAAGGGCGACAGCUAUGACACCCACCUUCUAGAAGAAAAGAUUAUAGACCCGGAAGCGGCACACCCAGAGCAACACAUCCCCAACUCAACUGAAGAACCGCCUCCAAUGAGCGGCAUCGGCGCCGAGCUCCAGAACGUACACUUCGAAUACCCCUCUCGACCCGGCCAACCUGUCCUCCGCGGCCUUACCCUGAAAAUCCAACCUGGCAAAUUUUGCGCUCUAGUCGGACCCAGUGGCUCCGGAAAAUCGACAACUUUCGCAAUGCUAGAACGUUUUUAUCGCCCAGAGUCCGGAAGCGUUGUAAUCGACAACGUGAAUAUAACCCGCCAACAGGGAACGACCUUCCGCGAUGAGAUUGCCCUCGUCCCACAAGAAAACGUCAUGUUUGAAGGAACAGUCGCCUUCAAUAUUGCUCUGGGUGCGAGACCAGGCCACAUACCCUCGCAAGAAGAGAUUGAAGAAGCAUGCCACAUGGCCAAUGUCCACGAAGUCAUUAUGGCCCUGCCGGACGGGUAUCUGACGCAAUGCAACCAGGACGGCAAACAAUUUUCCGGUGGACAGAGACAGCGUCUGUCUAUUGCAAGGGCACUUGUGAGAAGACCGCGGCUGUUGUUGCUUGAUGAGUCAACCAGUGCGUUGGAUGUUGAGUCUGAGAAGAAGAUCCAGGACGCUCUUGCUACCCUUGCUGGGAAAACGACGAUUGUUGCCAUUGCGCAUCGACUCAACACCAUUCACAAGGCGGAUUGUAUUUAUCUCAUUGAGGAGGGGCGUUGUGUUGAGCAGGGCACGCAUGACGAGCUUGUUCAGGCUAGUGAGACCUAUAGGACUAGUGUCAUUCAUCAGUCGCUUGAGACUUGA